GGACAUGUCAUCACAAUAAACCAGACGAAGAAGACUAACUGCAACAAUGGAGAUUUCGAGGGGUGCAGAUGGUCGCCGAAUCAGACGCGGGGCAGUCUGUGCUAACAUGCGCGCUACCCCAACUGGGGCCUUCCAGAUGCAGCGCCCAACAAGGUGAUGAAGACGGUGUCCACCAUAGCCAGGUGUUGAAAUGCGUGGAACCAAUCCGCCUGGACGAGGUGGUUGUCGGUCAGUACGAGGGGUACACAGAUGAUCCAACUGUCCCUCCGGGAUCCAAGACGCCAACAUUUGCUUCAGUGAUUCUUCGCAUCAACAACGAGCGAUGGGAUGGUGUUCCAUUCAUCAUGAAGGCAGGGAAAGCACUGAAUGAGCGCAAGGCGGAGAUCAGACUUCAAUUCCGAGAUGUGCCCGGCGAUAUCUUUAGAUUUACGGAGGGUCUCGCAUUCUGCAUGGAUGCUGCCGUUGAGUGGGUGCUGCCGCCUGUGCUGGAUCUCAUUGAUCUGAAGUCACCGGGAUUGGAAAUGUCGACCACUCAGAGUGAACUUGACCUAUCUUAUCGCCAGCGGUACCAGAAUGUCAAAAUUCCGGAGGCAUAUGAGCGACUCAUUCUUGAUGUCAUCAAGGGAGAGCCAAGCAAUUUCGUUCGAAGGGAUGAGCUGCGGGUUGCCUGGGAGAUUUUCACACCACUCCUGCAGCUCGUCGAUGGAGGGAAAUUCCAUGUCAUCCCAUACUCGCCCGGGUCCCGCGGGCCCAAAGAGGCUGAUGACAUGGCAGAGAAAGCAGGGUACCAGCGUUUCACCGGCUACGUAUGGCACCCUCCGUCGCUAAGUGCGAUUUAAUUUUAAUUUUUUAAAUGGUUGGUUGGUCGACGAUUGAUUCCUAAUAACGACCACUCAUUUCCGUGGAUAAGCGAGGAAGAUUACAUCUGCUCAGAGUGGAAAGACAGAGAUUCGACGGACAAGAUCAGCUGCAGAUUGGAUCCGGCAGAUUGGGACGAACUUUCCUAAAAAGGAAUGAUUUUGAGGGCAAGUGCAAGUGCAAGUCCGAAGUCAGUUGCAAAACCCGGCAAUGGAUCGUCAGGUCAGUAGAUUGGGAACCAGAUCGGACUCAGCAGAUGGGACCGAACUUUGGACCAAAUUGGAGCCAAGAUCAUUCAGCAGGUUGGAAAAGAUGAGAUCCAAUGGAACUUGGACAAGAUCAAAAUAGCUUUGUGAAGAUUGUAUCAGAUUUGGGCAGGUCAAGAUUGGGAUACGUUGAUGAAAAGAUUAGAUCAGUGGACACCGAUGAGAUUGGCAGAUAAAACUUGGGACCAGAUUGUAAGUUUUUAUUUCUCUCAAGGACGAUACUUAACAAAUUUUAAUCAAAUGCCAUCUUUUGCUAGUUUUGAAGAUGUCAUUAUCAGAUUUGGGCAGGUCAAGAUUGGGACACCGAUGAGAUGGCAGGUAAAACUUGGGACCAGAUCGGGAUUUUAACACAGAAUAAAGUUUUGAUAAAUUCUGUGGACCAGAUCCACCGGACAGGCUGGGACCAGGAGAGAACUGGAUCGAAUUGAAUCGAAUAGGAUGGGAUGGGAUGGGAUGGGAUCGGAUGGGAUCCAGAUCGGCAAAUCGGAUCGGACGGGAUCCGGAUGGGGAUUGGUUCCCAUCGGUUCGGAUGGGAAUCGGAUCGGCGGAUAGGAUCCGAUCUGUUCAGAUGGGAUCCGGAUCGGCGGAUCGGAUUCCCAUCGGUUCAGAUGGGAUCGGAAUCGGCAGAUCAUGUAGGACCAGAUCAGUUCGGGUCGGAUCAGGAUGGGCGGAUCGGCAGAUCAGAUCGGGUCAGAUUGGAUAGGAUCGGAUCAGAUCGGAUUUCAUUGGAUCGGUCAGAUCAGAUCGGAUCGGAUCGCAAAUCGGAUCGAAUUUUGGAUUGGAUUGGACUGAAUGUGAUCAGGUUAGUUUCAACUAAAGAUGAGAUGGGAACCGAACCGGAUUGGAUCGGAUAAAAAAAAACUUGAACCAGAUAAGUUCCAGUUCUGGAUUCAAUCUAGAACAGGAUUAGAGGUUCUAAUUCUGGACCGUUAUUGGAUCGGAUAAAAUGAGCUUGAAACAAAUCAAAUAUUAGUUUGGGCCCUUCAGGGUCUUGGACCACGAUCGGAUUAAUACACAAAGCUAGCACCUGAUCAGAUUUAGAUUGGACCAGACUGUGCGUGUAGUCGCCGUGUACGCAUAUGUAAUGGUUGGUUAACAGACAACGAGUUUGAAUCCUGGUUAGCUUUGAGUGUAGUGGACAGGAUCAUAGAUCUCGAGUCCAACCAGGUAAAAGGUUGGACCAUUGCUUGGACCAGAUCAGUUUACCUUGGUCCAGAGAUUCUACCAGCUUGCAAAGUGGAGCGGACAAGAAGCGAGAUUGGCGUACACUUGAUUGACUUGGACUUCUGCUCUACAGAAAAGGAGUUAUGCUCAUUCACUUCUACUCAGCUCUCUUAUCAGAUAAGCUAUGACUGUGUACUAGAGUAUGUGAAACAGUCCAAGUAGAUUGUACCAGGUCCAGAGCAGGUAGAACUGGUCCAGUCUGGUAUCAAUACAAGUAGACUGGGCUGGUCCAGAUCUGGUACCAACCCAAGUAUAGACUGUACCGGACCAGAUCGGCCUGGACAAGAUAACAAUUGAAUU